GGCCCGGCGCCCACCAUGGGGCUGAAGGCGCGGCGCGGCGCGGCGGGCGGUAGCGGGGCCGGAGGGGCGGCGGAGGGGCGGCGGGCGGCGGGCGGCGGCGGAGGGGACCCCGAGCAGGGCUCGCUCGCCCUGGGCUCCGGAGCCGAUCGCGACGGGACGCUGCUGCUGGAAGGCGGCGGGAAGGAAGAGGGCGGCAAGCGGAGCCCUCCGGGGUUGGGGCUGUUGGCGAAGACCCCCCUGAGCCGCCCGGUGAAGAGGAACCACGCCAAGUAUCGCCGGAUCCAAACUUUGAUCUACGACGCCCUGGAGCGACCCCGCGGCUGGGCGCUGCUCUACCACGGCUUCGUGUUUCUGAUUGUUUUGGGUUGUUUGAUCUUAGCUGUCCUGACAACUUUCAAGGAGUAUGAAACCGUUUCGGGUGACUGGCUUCUCUUGCUGGAAACCUUUGCCAUUUUCAUCUUUGGAGCAGAGUUUGCCUUAAGAAUCUGGGCUGCUGGGUGUUGCUGUCGUUACAAAGGAUGGAGAGGGAGACUGAAGUUUGCCAGAAAGCCUCUGUGCAUGCUAGAUAUCUUUGUGCUGAUUGCUUCAGUGCCAGUGGUUGCUGUUGGGAACCAGGGCAAUGUUCUGGCCACAUCGCUCAGAAGCCUUCGCUUCCUUCAGAUCCUGAGGAUGCUCCGAAUGGAUAGACGAGGUGGCACGUGGAAACUUCUGGGAUCAGCUAUUUGUGCACAUAGCAAAGAACUCAUCACUGCUUGGUACAUUGGGUUCCUGACACUCAUCCUAUCCUCAUUUCUUGUUUAUCUGGUUGAAAAAGAUGUGCCUGAAAAGGAUGCUAAUGGGGUGGAGAUGAAGGAAGAGUUUGAGACCUAUGCAGAUGCAUUGUGGUGGGGGCUGAUCACUCUUGCUACGAUUGGGUAUGGUGACAAGACUCCCAAGACGUGGGAAGGACGGCUGAUUGCAGCUACAUUCUCACUCAUUGGAGUGUCUUUCUUUGCUCUUCCUGCAGGCAUUCUGGGUUCAGGGUUGGCACUGAAGGUCCAGGAGCAACAUCGUCAGAAACAUUUUGAGAAAAGAAGAAAGCCAGCAGCUGAACUCAUUCAGGCUGCCUGGAGAUACUAUGCUACUAACCCCAACAGGAUUGAUCUUGUUGCUACAUGGAGGUUUUAUGAAUCAAUUGUAUCAUUUCCAUUUUUCAGGAAAGAGCAAUUGGAUGGUACUGCCAGUAAUGUCAUGUUUAGUAGGGAGUCAUUCUUUGGAUCGAGCCUCACAAGAAAACUUAGCCAAAAGCUGGGUCUCUUGGAUCGGGUUCGUGGUACCAAUACUAAAGGAAAGCUAUUUACCCCUCUGAAUGUAGAUGCCAUUGAAGAAAGUCCUUCAAAAGAGCCUAAGAAUGUUGUCUUGAAUAAUAAGGAGCGUUUUCGCACUGCAUUCCGAAUGAAAGCGUACGCUUUUUGGCAAAGCUCAGAAGAUGCAGGAACGGGAGAACCUGGGGGAGAAGAGAGAGGAGACAGUAGUGACUUCCUUAUGGAAGAUAUGAUUCCCACAUUCAAGACAGCCAUCAGAGCUGUCAGAAUACUACAGUUUCGUCUCUAUAAAAAAAAAUUCAAGGAGACUUUGAGGCCUUACGAUGUAAAGGAUGUGAUAGAGCAAUACUCAGCAGGGCAUCUUGAUAUGCUUUCCAGAAUAAAGUAUCUUCAGGCAAGAGUAGAUAUGAUUUUUACACCUGGACCGCCAUCUACUCCCAAGCAUAAGAAAUCCCAAAAGGGUGGAGCUUUUUCUUACCCUUCACAACAGUCUCCCAGAAAUGAUCCAUAUGUAGCCAAAGCAUCUACAGUAGAUACUGAAGACCAAAGUAUGAUGGGCAAAUUUGUUAAAGUUGAACGACAGGUAAAUGACAUGGGGAAGAAAUUGGAUUUUCUUGUUGAUAUGCAUAUGCAUCAUAUGGAACAGCUGCAAAUACAAGUUGCUGAGAUAAGUCCGUUGAAAGAAACUGCUUCUCCUGCAAAGGAAAAGAGAGAAGAAAACAAGUAUUCUGAAUUAAAAACAAUAAUCUACAAAUACACUGAUCAGUGUACUCAUGAAACUCCUUACAACUUCCAGCAAGUUCCGGUCAACAAAGUCAGUCCUUAUGGUUUUUCAGCACAUGGUCACAUGACUCAUUCACAGCCUUUAUCAACAGGUGGGCAAAACUCUGGCAAACUGCAAGCCACCCCUUCCUCAGCUUCAUAUGCAGAAAGGCCAACAGUUCUGCCUAUAUUUACAUUAAUGGACUCCCAGGUUAGCUACCAUUCCCAAGGAGACAUGCAAAGCCCUUACUCAGAUAAAGUGUCUCCAAGGCAGAGAAGGAGCUUGACAAGAGACAGCGAUACCCCAUUGUCCCUUCUCUCCGUCAACCAUGAAGAACUUGAGCGCUCCCCGAGUGGCUUCAGUAUCUCCCAAGACAGAGAUGAUUUCCCAUUUGGCCCCAAUGGGGGAUGUGCGUGGAUGAGAGAGAAACGCUACCUAGCAGAGGGGGAAACAGACACAGACACCGACCCUUUUACACCAAGUGGCUCCAUGCCUUUGUCUUCAACGGGGGAUGGGAUUUCAGAUUCAAUAUGGACCCCUUCAAAUAAGCCAGUUUAAAAGUGCGUGGGGGGGUAGUCACUGGCUGACUUCUCCGUGUAAUGUAAGCAUACUUUGUAUAUCUCACUUACUCUGCACCCAAAGCUUACUAGUUCAAAACACCAAUGGCUGCAUAAGAUGCAUGUGAUAUUAGUGGUAGUCAUUCUGCACCAUUUCAUACAAUUUACUAAUGCAGUUUUUUUCAUGCUACCAAAACUAAGGAGCUUAGUUUUGAGCAUGGUUUGCAUGACUUUACCCUAUAUAAAUGGUACAGCUGAUUUCUUCUAUGAUACAUAUCUAUCUGAUAUUCUUCAGUACAGCCAACAAUGGUGGAUUGGUAACAGCCAAGAUAUGGUCCUUGCUACACUUUGUAAACAGAGCAGCAAAGUCAAAUUAAUUUCAGGAGCACUAUCAUUUGUGGAAAUAAAAAAAACUGAAUCCAUUAUCCAAUCUAAGUAAAUCAAUCUCUAUCCAAUCUAGCCAAAAGCAUUCUUCAAUUCAAGCAGGGAAAAAGCUGUCAAAGUAAAUGACCUUACUGAAAUAGUUUUGUAAACUAAAUGUUUCUCAUGUGAUCUAUUAUGAAAUACAAUGCAAAAUUGAAAUUAGGGGUAGAAUUAAAAAUGAUGAAAGCCACCUACUAAGAUCAGUUUUCGAUAUUUAAUUACUGCAUAAAUUCCUCAAACUACUUUGAAAAUUACCACCAGUGAUUAUAAAAUUGCUGGAAAUAUGAUUACAAUCCUAUUUUGUAGAAAAACUUUUCCUAAGUCUGUUUGUUUCUUACAGGGCCAAGGUUUCACUCUGUUCAAAAAAAAAAAAAAAAAAAAAAAAGUUGUUAAUUGCAGAGAAGCUCAGGUUUCUACUCUCCACUCUUCUACUGAGUUAUGCAGUGUUAAGUUCCAUAAUAUAAAUGUUGUUCAGUUUCCCUGUGUGAUAAUUUGGAGUUGUAGUUACAUAAAUACAGGUUGUGAGGCUCAAUUCAUUAAUAUUUGUGAAGUGCUUUAAGCUUCUCAGAUCUGCAGAGUAACAUUUUUCUGUUCCCUGGGAGCUCCACAGUGCAGGAAACUGCGUAUCUGGCUUACAGUUUCUUUUUGAAAUGGACAGCUGCAAAUCCAUGUAUGGCAGUCAUAUUUAACUUAAUGUACAAAUAAAUAAAUACCUGUCCCUGAGCAACAGAGGUAUAAGUUUAUUCCUUAGGCCUCAGCUAAACAAUUUCUGUGGAAAUUGGAAACUGUGUUGAAAGAGAGUGGGAAAAACUGAGCACAGGGCAGAAAUGAAUCUGACAUCUCACCACCACAGCCUAUCCAAAUAUCCUAUGCAGAAUCUCAGUCCAAGUGUCCAUGAAAUAGCAUCCAUUUGAUAUCAAUUUCAAUUGCUAUGCACUCUUUACAGCAGGUGGAAAACUAAUCUGUACAGUCAGUGAGCACAGGGUACAAGAACCAAAGCUUGCACCUCUUUGUUAUGAAAUUAAUUGCACCUUUAACUCAGUUAUCUACAAUGACCAACUUUCUACUGACUUCAAAGUGAGCAGAAGGUGAUUUGCUGUGAUGUAAACAUGUCACAGACACCCACAGUCAGUGGAUGAAGAUCUCACCUCCCCCAUCAUCCAAGGUGCAGCUUCUGUCAUAGUUCCUGUCCACCUCCUGUUAAGAAUGACUUCUGCCUCUCCAGACAUCUAAUGGCUCUACCACCAAUGAAGGCAUAAGGAGAUGACUAGGGAGGGUGUUAGAAAGUGAAUUUUCUGUCAUGGCUGUAUAGCUAAGCAUUGUUGACACUUGCAAUUAGAGGACAAGAGGAGAUAUCCUACAGGUAUUCUAUUGUAUGAGGAUUGUACAGGCCUGGACAGACCGUACUCCAGUGGAGGAUACCUUGUUGGGUUUUGCCCACUUUGUCAGCAACUCUAUGUUUGUUGAUUCUUCAGUGUUGUUGACAUCUCAUGAUAAUCAUUCCAUCUGGGGAACUUCUAUUCUGUUCCGGAUAUAGGCAUUGUCUUCAUCUUCAUUGUUUAUUUAAGAGCUACCUAAAGAAUUAGGAUCUUCUUACUCUAAUAUUUCAUCUGCUUCAUCAGCUAAAAUCAUGAUACAGUCUUCUUGGCCAGAUCUUCAGGGAGAAGAAAUUCUUGUAAUUACUUGUGUAAAUAGAUCACACCAAUUACAGCCUUUGAAGACUGAGCUGAGUCCAUGAAGCUGAUCUGAGGCCAAUAAUGAGGUACAAUUUUAGUAGUUACUUACUUGACAAAGUAGCUGUUCAUCUGAAAGACAGUCUCUGUUGCAGUUUCAUGGCUAAAAUCAAUGAGAAUAAAACUAACUGUGAAAUUGUGAUUCAUUGUAAUUUGGAACAUUCAGAAAAAUUAUUUGACUAUCAAUGACUCUUGGAAACAGCUAUAUUGUAUCUACAGCAGCCUUUUCAAUACAAUAGUAUUUAUCAGUGACCCACCUGUGAUGACUGAAAAAGAAUGAAAACUUAUCUUAAUAUUUCUAGACUUCUUCCAAGGUUGCUUUGCUUUUCUAGUGUAUCAAGCGCUGGGAUUCCUACUGAUUUCAGUGGAGAUUGGCACUACUUAAAAUGUUUUAUAGAUCUGAGCAAUCAAAAAUCAAGGCAGCCCACAAGCAAGGGCAAUUUGAGAUUUUAUUUUAUUUUAUUUUAUUUUUUUGGUGAAUGUCUUUGUUAAGCAGUUAUGCAUAAAUAUGCUGUUACAUACUUCUCUGCCCGAUUCGCCUCCAAUUCUUCAGUUCAGGUUUCUAAUCUCUCUCAUGCCAGUUCAUACAAAGGUAAUCUUUUCUCAGUAUUAAGUCUGGCUGAAAAUCCAUAAAUCAACUCAUUGUAAAGGUGUAUUCAUUUCAGGAGAGAAUCCAAGCAAUGGCAGAUGCUUGGAUCAGUCUUAUCUGCAUAGUAAACUGCAGCCCCAGGGAAAGCUGGAUUUGGGCUGUGCUACAUUCUGUAUGCAUAGCAGCUGAACUACCUUCAAGCACUUGCUGUGGGUUGUAAGCACCAGUUUACCAUAUGUAGAUUAAAAACACAGGGUCAGGUGUCUGUAGUUACCUCAUGAAAUAUUUAAUGACAUGUUAAGUUGCCAGUUAAGUCCUUUUAGAAGGUCCUAAUGGCAAGCUCAGCAAUGCCCUGUGCAGCAGACAUCUCUGAAUUCUCUAGAAGAGAUACCGGGGGAGAGCCAAGGAAGUUCUGGCAAACCUAUUAUUUUUUACCCAGUGAAUUAAUUUCCAUUGAAAUCAGCCACUGGUCAUUUCAGAAGGGUGUUCUGCUCAGCAGCUCUGUCCUCCUGCAUCAUCUGGAUUAAAAAUAGGGUGAGCACUCAUUCUGCUCUCAGUGUUGGCAACAUAAAUGUGUCCAGAUGUCACCAGCAAGGUGAAACCUGGUGAUCAUCUCAUAUCUGGGAUGUGCACAAGAGCUUCAUCAGACUGCACUUCAGUUUGAGUCCAGGGAAUGCAUCAACCAAGGCACGCCAUUUGUGUGUCUGCCACAGACACUGGGCACUGCAUAAUAUAGCAUCUGUGAUGUUGGCCCUGCCCACAUUUAGAAGGUCAGGGCCUGCAUUUUAAAGUAGGUUUACCACAAAAAAAAAAAAAAAAGAAAACAUUCACAAUUUCAAGUGAGAGUGGCCUGUGAGUUCAUGUUGCUUUUCAUAUUAGGAGUAAAUGUGAAUAAUAAUUGACAUUUUUUCUAUCUAUCUUUCAUUAGCAUGUGACAUUUCAGUUUAACAGAUAUUAGUUUUAUUCGACUCAUAUCUUUCCAUCAUCAUUCCAUAUAGUUAGCAUUAAAGACUACAGGCCUCAAAAUGUUUUUCUUAAUUAGAAAGUAUGGGAUUUUCCUCUGCUCUCCUUGAAGUCACUUAGAAACCUGCUCAAACUGAUGCACAGGGCCAGCAUGAGGUCCUAAUCUGCCUUUAUUUGUGAAUUUCCUUGUGAAAACAUUGAUUGGGGAAUAGUUUUUUUAGCUGUGUUUUUACACUGAUUUUUCUGUCACUCUAAAGUUUAUCUCUAAGUUUUUGAAGAAGUACAUAUGUUUAUAUUGAGUACCUCUCUUUGUUGCAUUAUCAUCAAUCAAUUUUCCUCAGUUUAGAUUCAAACCAAGAACAUUUAAUUAUUGCAGCAAUGAAUGGCUAGUCUGAGUACAUAGUUGUAGAAGUAUUUUAUGCUUCAUUUAGGAAGUAAAUCCUUUCAGAAAAAAAUCUAGUCAGGUAAUGGUUGCUGUCCUUGGCUUUUCCCUGCACUGGAUUGAUUGGUUUGGCUCCUGUCAAAACAUAUAUGAAUUAAGCACAUGGAGAGAUUGAUAGGAUCUGUCCCUAAACUGACUUUGGAUAUAUUUGUUCUGUUCUUAUCUCUAACUUUGCUGCAUUGUUAAGUUUCAGAAUGGAAACAGUUUUAUAUUUUUCUGCUUCAUAUUGUGGCCCAGCAAGGCUGCAAAAUAAUUCGCAGUGAACCACACAUAGCGGGGCUGCUGACUCAUGGCCUUCAGGCAAGCAUCACGAUCCAAUCAGUUUGCAGGAUCAGAGCCUAAAGUGAUCAGAAAAUGCAGUUAAGGGAGCAAAUUCAGCCCUGCUGGGGGCCCAGGCAUUUCAGGAACUGGAUUUGUCCCACUCAGAAAAAAACAUGUGAGAAAGAGCUGGAUCUUAAUUCCUUGCACCCCACAGCCUCCUCCAUUAAGCUUGAGGUGCCAAGAGCAAACCUAAAUUUUCUGCAGUGCCUCACGAGUAUGGAAUGGUAUCAUUUUUUGAGAAACUCAACUGAAUGUGGGUGUUGCCUUUUGAAGACUAUUUUCAGAGGUGUGGGAGCAGAAAAAGGCCAUUUUCAAGUGUCUGCAGUUGGGCACUAUGAGAAUUAAGACCCUGGAUAUCCCUAUUGCUUAUGAUUAUUUAGGCUGUAAUAUUUGAUCCUUCCCAAUUCAGCAUUUAGCAGCUUCUGUCUGAAGUGAAGUGAAGCAAAAUCCUGGAAGCGGGAUCCUAUCUCCAUCCUGAGAAUAUUCUGAGACUGAAGGUUACAUAGCCAACUGCAUUUUGUUUUCUAGUUAUGGCAUCUUAUUAUUACUAGUAUUUGUGCCUUGCUCACUGAAAUUUUCUCCAUGCUACAAAGAUGCUUUUCAGAUUCUGGCUGACAAGGGAACACAACUUUUAUACAAGUGGCCUUUAGUGCUCUUUAUAAUAUUAUUUAUUGUAAUUUUUAAACUGUAUGUGUAAUUUAUAUUCUGGCACUGUCCAAUAUUUGAACAACUUUAAUAUGUUUAUUUCAAUAUAUUAUGCAAACAAUACUUCUUAACUGAUUUUUUAUGUUCCGUCUUUAAAAACUGCACCACUUAUUAAUAAAUAGAAAUUUCAAUUA